AUGGAGGUACUCGCAACUGUUGCCACUAUCCUCGAGAUUGUUGAACUUGGGACAACAGCAUCACGCAAACUUUCCUCUUUUUAUCGCGCGGCCAAAGCUGCGAAUGAGUCUAUGAAGGGCCUCUCCAGCGAAGUGACUCUCAUAUGUACUAUUUUGAAGGAGCUCGCCAAGAUCCUGGAACAAGAUAAGGAUUUGAAAACCGCAUCAAAGAGCGCCUUUGAAACAGUCGAAAAAGUCAUCGAAGAAAGCAAAUUAGUUUUUGAGUCGAGAGGCAAGAACGAGAAGCCGAACAAAGUCGACUGCGCCGUACAGCAUACAUGA